AUGGAACGUCAGCUUAAUCAAUGGGCUAUGGACUUUGAGGGAAACUGUGAUAGGAUCCUGAAGUCAAUUAUAGUUGCGAAAGCUCAAGGUGCAGCCCUUCGUGUUGGACCAGAACUGGAGGUUACGAAAAGUGGUUAUGGUUGUGAAGACCAUUUUUUAGAAAGUGAUACAUUCCUUCAUUCCAUGGAAAUUUUGACGAAAAUCAUUCGCGACACUAGAGUCCAAGAUAUACUAUUGGAUAUUGGUGUACCUGUGAUGCACAAAAGUGCUCGUUACAAUUGCCGUGUUGUAGCUUUAAAUGGAAAAAUCCUCUUGAUCCGUCCUAAACUUUGGCUUUGUGAUGAUGGUAACUUUCGUGAAUCUCGCUGGUUUACACCAUGGCUGCAACCAAGAAAAGUUGAGACACACUAUCUUCCUUCGGCUAUUGCAAAAGAAUUGAACCAAGAAUCCGUUCCUUUUGGUGAUGCCAUCAUUGGUUGUAAAGAUACCGUGAUUGGUAUUGAAACCUGUGAGGAGCUUUUCACGCCCCAGAGUCCUCACAUUGACAUGUCACUGAAUGGUGUCGAAAUAUUCAUCAAUGCUUCAGGUUCCCACCAUGAGCUUCGAAAACUUAACACUCGUGUUCGCUUAAUCCAGAAUGCUACCAUGAAAUGUGGUGGUGUUUAUUUGUAUUCAAACCAGCGGGGCUGCGACGGAGGCCGCUUGUAUUAUGAUGGUUCUGCCAUGAUUUUUGCUAAUGGUGAACUCCUUGGACAGGGUUCUCAAUUCUCUCUCCAUGAUGUUGAGGUUGUCACUGCAACUGUUGAUAUGGACAUCGUACGUUCCUAUCGUUAUUUACCUUCUCAUGGCCUGCAAUCCCGGUUUCAUGAGGGUUAUCAACGUAUUCAGAUUGAUUAUAGUCUAUGUGACCGAGGAAAUGACUACAAUCCUCAUUGGAAACCCACCUUUCCCAUUGAACUUCACUUGCACACUCCAGAAGAGGAAAUAGCCUUUGGCCCAGCCUGCUGGUUAUGGGAUUACUUACGUCGUUCUGGUGCUGCCGGUUAUUUCCUUCCUUUAAGUGGUGGUCUUGAUUCUUGUUCUACAGCUGUGAUUGUCCAUAGCAUGUGUAGAAUUGUUUGUGAAGCUGUUAAAAAUAAUGAUGACCACGUUUUGUCUGACGUUCGACGCCUCGUAAAGGAUGAAAAAUACACACCCAAGGACCCAAAAGAUUUGGCAAAUCAUCUGUUUUAUACGACUUUCAUGGGUACUGAACACUCCAGUAAAGAAACUCGUUCUCGGGCCAAACGUCUUGCCGACAUUAUCGGUAGUUAUCAUGUUGACAUGAGUAUCGACACCGUUGUUAAUUCAGUGGUAAAGCUUUUCAUUCUUGUUACAAAUCGAACUCCUCGAUUCCGUUCUCAGGGUGGUUCGAAUGCUGAGAACCUUGCUUUGCAAAAUAUUCAAGCGCGUUCGAGAAUGUUAAUAGGUUACUUACUGGCUCAAUUAUUACCUUGGGUUCGUGGAAAGGCUGGUUCUCUUUUGGUUCUUGGCAGUUCUAAUGUUGAUGAAUGUCUUCGUGGUUACUUAACAAAGUAUGAUUGCUCAAGCGCAGACAUUAAUCCUAUCGGCGGCAUUUCAAAAUUGGAUUUGAAGUCUUUCUUGGCUUCGGCAAAGCAGCAAUUUGAUUUGCCAAUUCUUCAAGAGUUUUUAGAUGCUACUCCUACAGCCGAACUUGAACCUUCUACUGAAAAUUACACUCAGAGUGACGAGGUUGAUAUGGGCAUGACUUAUGCUGAACUUAGUCUUUUUGGCCGCCUACGUAAAGUAUCCAAAUGUGGACCCUACAGCAUGUUUAUACAUCUUAUGCAUAUUUGGGGUAAUGAACUGUCACCAACGGACAUUGCCGCCAAGGUCAAGCGGUUCUUUCAUUACUAUGGAAUCAAUAGACAUAAGAUGACUACCCUAACUCCUAGUUACCAUGCUGAAAGUUACGGAGUUGAUGAUAACCGUUACGAUUUGCGUCAAUUCCUUUAUCCAGGCUGGAACUGGCAAAACAAGAAGAUUGAUACCCUCGUUACAAAGUUUGAAGAUUACGAUCGCUUGGAUUAG